CCAGCUAAUAACCAAUUAGCUGGCCAAAUCUCAAUGAUGGUCCAACAACAAUAUGCUGGUGUGCUAUUACCAAGACAAAGUUAUGUGUGUCGUCGUCUUGUUUAAGAGUUUGUUCUUUGUUUUUUUUUGUACGUUUUUCAAAAUUAUCAUUUUUUUUUGUUUUUAAUAUGCAGGAUGAUGUAUUUGUCAGUGUUGUGGCGUCAAUUCACUUUGCAGUUUUGGAUGUCACGGAUAAGAACAACGCAAAGAAGGCAUUAUAUGUCCACAAUGACAGAAAGAGCUUAAUUGAGGCCCAUUCGUUUGAUGCUAUCAAAACCGCGGUCUCCAGUCACACUUUUGUGGAACUGUUUGAGAAGAAAGAUGACUUGGCUGUUACCGUUAACGAGAAGCUCGACCAGAGUAUCUCAGCUGAUUUCGGUUUCGGCAACUUCAAAACGCUCAUUAUCGAUAUCGCUGCCGAGGAACAUGACAAACGUCUCAUCAGCAUUACACGCGCAGCUCCCAAGAUAGCAUAGGCGUUGACAGGAGCAAACACGAAGGAGGUGAUGGAUUUCUUGCUAGCUACCGGAGCUUGGCUACACAUGGGAAAACAAAAUGAAAGCUUGGCUAAAAGUCGAUGAUACUUGAAGGAGGUUAUGGAGAUCUUGCUAGCUACCGGAGCGGCUACACAUGGGAAAGAGUAGCUCCUUCAAGUAUCAUCGACUUUUCCAAGAUUUCAUUUUGUUUUUGUUUGGACUUAUUUUGCCGUAGUUAAGGUGGUCUGCUUUUUCCUUGUAACGGAGUUUCCCUACUUUCAAUAAUUAAGCUUGCACCAUUAUAUUCAAAAAAAUAAUUAUAAUUAAGCUUGCAACAUCUAGCUAGU